CUGGUUGGGAAACCAGAGACUGUAGCAACGCUGGAAGGGAGCAGCUGCCUCUGAAUGGCCUGAGGCCCUGGGCAGCUGGCCAAGCCCAGCUUCUAUAAAAGGGAGCCGGCACUCAGCCCUACAUGCCCUCUGUCAACUUGUUUCGCAGAGACCUGGUGGGGCAAAUCCUUGGGCACCAUGCUGACAGACCUGGAGUGUGCCCUGAACUCCCUCGUUGAUGUCUACCACAAGUACUCCCUGCUGAAAGGGAAUUACCACGCCAUAUACAAGGAUGACUUGAAGAAAUUGUUAGAGACAGAGUGUCCUCACUUUCUGAAGCAAAAGGACGCAGACACCUGGUUCAAAGAGCUGGAUGUCAAUCAAGAUGGUGGAAUUAACUUCGAGGAGUUUAUCGCCCUGGUGAUCAAGGUGGGCCUGGCAGCCCACGAAGCCAUCCACAAAGAAUAGCAGAGCCACUGGGCCCGGGGGCUGGGCCCCUGGACUUGACCCUGCAGGGUAAUAAAAUAGUUGAUACCUCAG